UGUGAAUUCGUCCAAAGUUGUUAUUGAUAAUAAUGAGGUUUUAUUAGCCGACCCCUAUUAUUUAGAUAAAGAGGCAUCAAUAAAAAUAGGGAAAUGUAUUCUCAGUUAUCAUCCUGCUAUAGACAAAGAUUCACUUACGGAAGUUUACAGCAGAUGUUAUUUGUUAAAAACAUUAAAAAAGGAAUUCAAGUGUGCUGAAGGAAGAACAUCAAAUUUAAGCAUUUUGUUUCUGGAUAUGGAUAAUUUUUCUGAUAUAAAUAAUAAAAAUGAUCAUAAAACUGGAGAUUAUUGUUUAAAAGAGGUGGCACGUUUAAUUCGAUCAAAACACAUUCGUUCUGGAGAUGUAUUUGCUCGAUUUGGAGGAGAUGAAUUUAUAAUUGUUCUCAAACAGACGGACUAUAAAAUGGCUACAAGUAUUGCUGAUGAGAUUUGUAUUUCUGUGGAAAAUCAUCCUUUCUUUUAUUAUGACAAAAGACUUCCUGUUACAGUCAGUAUUGGUGUCUCUGGAGUGAAUCAAUCAGUAAAAUCUUUCGAAGAUUUAAUAAGGCUUGCUGAUAAAACUUUGCUCGAGAUCAAAGAAAAACGUCGAAAUUCAAAAUUAUCUUCUAAGGAUAUUUCGAUUUCUGUCGAUUUUAACGACUCUAAAUUUAAAGUAAAUUUGCCUCAGGAUAUAUCUCUAUUGCAAGUUCGGAAAAUAUUGGAAGACCAGUUUCAUAAAUAUAAAAAUGGUCCAGACAUACGUAGCAAUUGUUUUUUUAUUGACCCUAAACAUGGAAUUAUAAUAAAUGAGGAAAAUAACAAUUGGGAAAGCAUUCUCAUUGACAAUUCGAUAAAAAUUGUUGUUAAGCCGGAGAAUCCUGAUUGGUCAACACUAAUGCAGCUUUGUGAAUACGGAUUCAAAAUAACUAAUAAAUGUACAAUUAAAGGAAAGGUCGGGGCGUUUGGGGUCAAGAUUGGCAAAUUUACAUGUGAAAAACUUUCCAGCUUAAUUCAAUCCACAAGCAGCUGUUAUAGCCAUUUAGAACACCUGCGCAUACGCAACUUAGUGUGCCCAUUAGAUUUUAAAAUUUAUAGCGACACAAUAUUACCAUGGCUAUCUUCGAUUAAUGCACAAAUGGAUUCUGAUGAACUACUAAAAGAGUCCCAUCUUCCAAUCCGCUACAAAGUCUUAGAAAUAUCAAAGGCAUAUAUCGAAUUUUCAAUUCAGGACAUUGUAAUUUCGCAAGAGUUUAUACAAGAAAUAGAAGUGGCAGUAAACGAAAAAUUAUCAAUUCAGCAACAACUUGUGAAUCUCGAAGAAUUGACAAAAAAAUAUGGUCAAUUUUAUGCUAAGAAAAUAACUUUUGGUGGGAAAAUCAUUGAUCAAGCAAUUAAUUCGGAAGAAUCAAAUAAAGGAAUAAGGGAACUAAGUGAAAAUCCGCUUGUACCAACAAGUGAAGGGUAUCGUAAUAUUAUCGGGGGGCGUGAGGAAAGUUAUCGUACAGAUGAUAUAUCUGAGUGGGUAAAAUCAUUAAAGGAUACACGAACAUGGAGUAUUAUUGAAUAUGAUAAUAUAUCUUCAAUUUUUGACCUUUUGUCGAAUGGUGACCAGAAGCAAAGGAAUUUGAGACAAAAAGUUUUGAAUUUGAAAGCAAUUGGUCAUAUACCUAGAUAA